UUAUUUAAAUAUAAUAUUAAUAUUAAUAAUAGUUUAGAAUGUUUUUUAAAUAGUCUGUCAUUAAAAUCAGGUUUUGGGAAAUAUAUAGCAAACAAUUAUUUUUUAAUAACAUUACAAAAAAAAAAAAACUACUGGAAAGUUAUUUCACUGUUACAUAUCGUGGCAGCCAACAUGAGUCUUCCCCUCUCCUAAAUAGUGAUACGUGAGUCUGGUAACUUAUCAAAUUAGUAGCUUGAUAUGCUGCUUGAAAGAUACGCGACGUAACUCAGCUGCUUACAAAUACAUUAAACCGACAACCAUGAUUAAAUUGCGCAUGCUCAGUUAUAUUUAUAUAUAGACAUUAAUCAUGUAAUUAUGAUAGAUCGAAAAAUCAGAAAUAUAUCUUUAACGGGUUAAUAAAAAACUUGGUUAUUUUUUUUUUUUUUAACUAGAUAUAUAUAAAAAUUUAUAUAUCAAUAAUUGACAAUUUGCAGGCAAGCAAAUUAAAUUAAUUACAUAGUAAAUUUGUAAAAAAUUUUCAAGUAAUUAGAAAUUAUUUUUUGACAUUGACAAUGACAUGCUUAUCUGCCAAGCACUGCCAAGUGUAGAAAACUCUGGGGACUCUAUUUUUCGUUGAAUGAUUGUAUAAGUUUAUCAAUCGACAUGCUCAUCUGCAUAAAAUAUUUUAAUUUAUGUAUGCUGACAAACAAACUGUUGCCUUAUACUCCAAAACAUUCAGACGUGGCGAAUUAUUUCAUGUAGAGUAUAAAUUUAUAACUGAGUGAAUUUUGACUAAAACUUUAAGCAUUGAAAAUUGUAAUUGAUUAUUAUUUUAAUCAUGAUGCUAAGAAGACUUGAAAAUACAUUAGUUAAUUUUCGGAUAUUAUCGAGAUCAAUCACAUCGAUAAUUGAAUCGAAAGUGGAUACCGAGUCAACGUUAUACCAGAAAAAUUAUCAUGACAUGACAAAAUUGGUUGAUAAACUUACGACAACUGUCGGAGAAAUUGUCACUGGUGGUAAUGAAAAAUCACGUGAGAGCCAUGUUGCAAAAGGCAAACUAUUAGUUCGUGAUAGAAUUAAUGUUUUGCUCGAUGCUGAAUCACCAUUUUUAGAAUUUUCACAAUUGGCUGGAUAUGAAAUGUAUGGAAAUGAAAAAAUUCAUGCUGGUGGAAUUAUAACUGGCAUAGGAAGAGUUCAUGGGAGAGAAGUUUUAAUUGUUGCCAAUGAUGCCACUGUUAAAGGAGGAACAUAUUAUCCAAUAACAGUGAAGAAACAACUUCGAGCACAAGAAAUUGCGAAUGAUAAUAAUCUUCCAUGUGUUUAUUUGGUUGACAGUGGUGGUGCAAAUUUGCCUCAUCAAGCUGAUGUAUUUCCAGAUAAAAAUCAUUUUGGUCAAACUUUUUUUAAUCAGGCAAAAAUGAGUGCUAAAGGCAUAUCACAAAUUGCUGUUGUAAUGGGUAGUUGUACUGCUGGUGGUGCCUAUGUUCCAGCAAUUGCAGAUGAAAAUAUAAUUGUUGAUAAACAAGGAACAAUUUUUUUGGCAGGUCCACCUUUAGUUAAAGCAUCAACUGGAGAAGUAGUUUCAGCUGAAAAUCUUGGUGGAGCUACUCUUCAUUGUCAACAGUCAGGUGUUACAGAUCAUUUUGCUAUUGACGAUGUACAUAGUCUUCAUAUUGCACGAAAUAUAAUUGAAAUUUUAAAACCAAAUAAUUAUCCAACUACAAAUAAUACAAUUGAAUAUGGAAUUGAAAAUCCAAAGUAUAAUAUAGAUGAUAUUUAUGGAAUUGUUGGAACAGACUUGAAAAAAACAUAUGACGUCAAAGAAAUUAUUGCAAGGAUUGUUGAUGGAUCACGCUUCCAUGAAUUCAAAGCUGAAUAUGGACAAACACUUGUAACUGGUUUUGCUAAAAUACAUUCUUAUUCAGUAGGAAUUGUAGCAAAUAAUGGGGUAUUAUUUUCAGAAAGUGCAUUAAAGGGUGCACAUUUUGUUCAAUUAUGUGCUCAACGAAAAAUACCAAUUAUUUUUCUACAAAAUAUUACAGGUUUUAUGGUUGGCCGUGAUGCUGAAAUUGGUGGAAUUGCUAAGAAUGGUGCAAAAAUGGUAACUGCUGUUGCUUGUGCUGAAGUUCCAAAAAUUACAGUUGUCAUAGGUGGAUCUUAUGGUGCAGGAAAUUACGGUAUGUGUGGACGAUCAUUUUCACCUCGAUUUAUGUAUACAUGGCCAAAUGCAAAAACUUCUGUCAUGGGUGGAGAACAAGCAGCAGAUGUAUUAUGUCAACUUGCUAAAGAAAAAAAUAUUCGAAGCAAAAAAAAUUGGACAGAAGAAGAUGAACUUAGUUUUAAAGAAUCAAUUAUUCAACAAUUUGAUGUUGAGGGUAGUCCAUACUAUUCGAGUGCACGUUUAUGGGAUGAUGGAGUCAUUGAUCCUGUUGAUACUAGAAGUGUCCUUGCAAUGAGUUUAGCAGCGUCACUCAAUUCGCCAAUUCCUCAAAGUAAUUUUGGAGUUUUCAGAAUGUAAAUUUGUAUCUACAAAAUCUACCUGUAUAUACCCCAGGAGCAUUUUUAUUUUUUUCGUGUUAAUUCAAAAUUUAUUUGGUUAAAAAUUUAUUUUAAAAUGUACUUACAAUUAUAUUUUUAUCAAUAAAGUUUCUUAAAAUGUUUGCCUACAUUUUUUAA